GGACUUCCAAGGAUGGCUGCAUCAUGGCGGCACCGGAAUAAGCCAGAACUUCUCCAGUCCAUCUUUUAGAUUAGCAGUGCACGCUGCACGUUGACUGCAUGCCGUUCUUAUCCGACAAAUCCUACAGCAUGAGCUGCUCGGCAACAGGAUCACAAAGGUUUUUGGCCUUUCCAGAUAUACCUGAAGACCAUGUCUUGUUCUCUGGUGCAGUUGUAUUUCCAGGUUGCUUUGAUCUCCAGGGAUGUCCUCUUGUGCUAUUUCCUGCAGCAGAGCAAUUCAAAUUGAACACUGUUGUGAAGAGGGAUGAUCUUGCCAGAUUUAUCAACUAUGCUCUGUAUUUGCAUAAUAAACACCAGAGAAACAUGUGCAAGGUUUCAGUAGUGGUGGAUCUUCGACUGACUGCUUUGAAGACUGUACGAUUCAUUGCUGAAACUCUUUUAGAGAUUCAGUCUUCUACAGAAACUAUCAGUGCUAUGUACAUCAUCCAGCCCCAAAAAAAGUAUGUAAAGAAGCACUUCAUUAAAUCUCUUAGUAAGACGUCCAGAAGAUCUCCGUUGACAUCCCCAAAGUGCAUUUUUGUGAAUAGUUGCUAUGAACUUUUCAAUUACAUAGAUCGAAGCCAGCUGACAGCAGAUUUUGGUGGAUAUCUAGUUUACUGCCACAGAAACUGGGCAUUGUUUAUUAAGGAAAUUGAUAAGUUCAUUAGAGAGUUUUUUGCUGUUGUCAGCAGACUGCCAUCAUGCGUCACAGAACUCCAAGCCUUAAGUCUGCAGUCUCUUCCUGCAGCUACCAACCUGGAGGAGUUUUUUUUUAAAAACGAAGAUAAAUGCAGCAAGUUAAGAAGGGAACUUGGUCUUGAUGAUUUGUUGAUUCAUUGUGAGCAUAUCGUGGAAAAACUCAAGUUUCCAGAUAGGGACCCAUGCUUCCAAUCAAUGGCAGGAACUGUUCUCUUUUCUCAUGUUGCCUUUGAAAUGAUAGAAAAUUAUGACAGGAUAACUUUGGCAGUGGAGAAGUUGGAGUUACUCUGGCAACUGGUUCUUUGCAGAAUACAGAUUCCACUAAAGAACUUCCAACAUAAGUCUGAGGUGGAACAGAUAAUGGAACACAUUACAAAAUUCACAUUGGAAAAGGUCAAUGUGUACAAAGUACUUAUUGCAAGUGAUAAAAAAGAAGCUGAAAUAAUAAAGACUGAAUUUGAAGAGAGUGUUUAUCUGCCAGCCAUGGAGCUGAUUCACUAUGCCGAAGAAGUAUUGCUUCAGCAUGCUCAUCUUAAGAGGCUUGCAGAGGGCGAUUUCGCAGGACUAGAGGAUAGCUGUUGUGAUAGUUUGAAAGCUAUAAAGGAGAGAUUCCACAUGGCAGUUGACCUUCCAUACAGCACCUUGAAAGCUGUAUAUGACUUUCAUACCCUUCUAAAUAAAGUAAAACAUUGGCUGAGCCUUGUGUUCAAUCAGGAUUUUUUUCAAGAUCUUAUUAGGAAUUCCUACUCUCUCAGACUUGGAAGUCCAGCCUGCAGUAUCUGUCUGUCUUCAGUUUGGCAGCAGGAGGUUCAAAGUUUUUUAAGGAGGAGUUCUGUACCAGCAGUAGAGGAAUUGGUGAACCUUGCAAAUAUUGCCAAUAAUAUCCCUGAUCUGUCCAUGCAACUGACUGGGAAAGAGUUGUCUCAUCAUUGUUUCACUAUCAGAAAACUACUGGUUUCUCCAGAGUCAGUUUCUUGGAAUGAUUUAGUCAUGACACUAGCCUGGCAGGAUCAGCGUGCCAAGAGCCUGGCUCCUAGGCUGAAUUCUAAUGGCUUCAGAUAUGUUUCAGUAAAACCAGAAAAAUAUCAAAAGGAAAAACAUCCCACCCCAGCAAGUGGAGUAAAUGGGUCAGUUGAUAUUGCUUGCCAGAGCUUGGUAGAAGCUGAGAAAUGUAAGCCUAAUACAGCACAAGGUUUGUCUUGUCAGGAAGUCUUGAGUAUCUCCCUUAAAAGCAGCUCACUUGGUAACAUAAUGGCUACAAUAAAACCGCCUUCUCUCAGCUCCUUUGACUCUGGCAUUGAUGCAGUGGGAAGCUAUCAUUUAGACAGUGGAAUGAAAAGGGAAAGCUUUGAAAUGCUUAACAAGACACAUUGGGCAAAGGAUGUAUUUAAAACUAAAAAAUCCCAAGACAUUGAAGUUCUUGAGGAAGAUUCUUCCAGUGUUUCUGACUCUGAAAAACAUCUACCAGACCCAAGUUAUAAUUCUGGAAGGAGUAACCCUUGUGGGAAUGGGCAUUUUCCAAAAACUGCAAGGAAUGCUUUUAAUUUUGAAGUCAAAAUUGCACGUUCUGCAAGCCUUCCCAAAAACCCAUGGCUUAGUUUACCUCUGGAAGAGCUAGAGAGUUACUACAGUGUAUCCAUUACACCAAAGAAAGUUCCUGGUGAUGGUAAGCAACACAGCAAUUCUACGGAAGGUAGAGAUUUAUCUCUGGACUGUUACUGGCAAGCAGUUAACUGUGAAAAGAGAAAGAACAGAAGAACACGGUCUGUGGAAGUUCAGGCAUGCUGCCUUGAUUUCAGUAAAGAAGCAGAGUCGAAAGACACUGCAAUUCAAACUGAAGGCAAAGUGGAAUUCUUGGAAGAUCAGAGAAUUCUGGAAAAUUCUGUACCCCUCAGCCCCAUUAAAAAUAUUCUUUCAAGUACUUUAAAUGACUUUCAGGAAAAAUCAGAUUAUGCUGCUGAUGUUUCUUCUGCCUUGCUCUGGGAUAGUUACGACCUUCACUCUUCUCGAAAUCAAGAAGAAAGUGCAAGUGAAAGGUACUCUGCUGAAUUUGAAUACUUGUUCAGUGAAUGGGAACAAAAGGAAAAAGACCAUCUUCAGUCUGUGGAAAGGUUACUUGUCCAAGCAUCCCAAAUCCUUGAUGAAGAAGAAAAUGUGCUAGAACAGGAGGAAAUGCUCGAUUUUCUUGUGAAAACACAAAGUACCGGCAAACAUUGGGAAAUUUGGAAUGAAUCCUACAUUGGUGGUGAAGAAACAAACCAGGUUCCUUUGUCUACCAGUGAUUUUCUCCAAAAUGGUGUUUUACUGCUUGAUUCUCCAAGCACAACCAAUGACCUAGACACUGUGAGCUGUUCUAGCCAUUCAUCUGCACUCAAAGCCAAUUGUUCUUCCUCAGACAACAAAUUUCAGGAGGAAAAAAAUGAGCCUUCCUAUGGCAAGGUUAACAAUAUUUGUACCCCAAGCAAUAUUCCUAGUGUUCUUAAGGAGCUUAAAGAGCUUUAUGUCAUAGAGAGGAAGAUCUUGGAAGAGAAUGUAAAGAUACAUGAACUGCAACAUUUGGAGAAAUGCAACCAAAUUGAUGUUCAGUGUUCAAAGGAAAUGGUGCAAAAUAUGAGAAAACAGAGAGCAUUAUUCUUUAUGGACCUUGAAAAGGAACAAGGAGUAGAGAAUUUAGAAAAACAUCUUGCAAAAGAGAGUAAGCUUACACAUAAAAUGCCAUCAAUGCCUUGUGACUUUAACAGGAGUAGUAUUUGUAAUAAAUACUGUGAGGGUACAAUAGCAGAUUUAGAAAGCACUAAAUUAGCUAUUCACAGCAGCUUGUGUGAAGCAGUGGGAACAUCCUCAAGUAUCUCACAAAGGAGCUGUAGAUCUUCACUGGCCUUAACUGAUAGCACUGUUACUUUAGACCAAGACCCAUUGGAAAGUGCAGUAGCUGCCUUAAAUCACGAGUCCUGUGUAGUGCAUGACCAGAAUUCUAAUCUAAAUUGUGAAUGGACUAAACCUGAAGAAAUGCAGUCUAAUCACACUGUUAGCUUGGUUGAUGCUGAAAGACUGUCAGAAGUAUCUAGUUUCACUGAGGAGAGCAGAAUGAUUUGCAUGCAGGAGUCCCCUACAAAAGUGCCAUGUAACUUGCUAAAGAACAUCAAUAAAAAUGAUGCAUUUUGGAACAUGGAGAAUAAAUGCAAUCUUAAACCCAGUGGGACAAGUCCACUUCCGUUUUCCUUUGAAAGGCAACAUGCCUGGGUUUCUGAUCCAAGGGAUAUGGAGGUCUUAUCACCAGUGCCAAAACCCAGAAAAUUAUCUCCACCCUGUAAAAAUGAGCCAAAUGGUAACUUAAAGGACGUUUGUAAUGCGGGAGAGAAGAAAGAAUCUUGUGUGUUUUUAAAUGAAUUAGCCAGUAAACAAUCUCCAAAACCAACAGAGAGAAUACAAGUGGUACCAGAAAAUCCAGACUUUGAACUUUUGACUGAAAGAAGUCCUACCCAGAGGUUGCUUCCUCCUCUAAAGAGUUGUGAUCUUAAUGAUGUGUGUGAGGCAUUCCGCACAGUAUUUGUAGAUGAGUCUAAUGCUAAAAUACUUCAAAAGCCAUAUCACUGCUCAGUGCAGAGUAUUCAAUGUUCUUUUUCUGAGAAUUGUGAUGCUCUCAGUCCUGCAAGGAAUGACAAAAUGGAACAUAUAACCUCUGUGGAAGUAUCUGAUUUUGGUAUUGAUGUGGCAGUUGGUAAGACUUUUGCAAAACGGUGUGAUGCUAGUCAAUUUCCUCUUGGCUUUGUAAGGAAAUAUGAAGAGGAUCGUCUACCAACAAUUGGAACUAUCUUUGAUCAUUGUCUAAUUAAGGUUGAUGAUUUUAAUACUCCAAUUGUACUGGAUACUGGGUCUGGGCUUGUCAAAGCUGGAUUUGCAGGUCAGGACCGUCCAGCCAUUGUUUUUCCAAGUGUUAUUGGGAAACCUAAAUAUGAGGAAGUAAUGAAUGGUACCAUGGAAAGAGAAACUUAUAUUGGUCAUGAUGCACAGCACAUGAGGGGUGUUCUGACUUUAAAAUAUCCAGUGCAGAAUGGAGUUAUAAAGAACUGGAAUGACAUUGAAAACAUUUGGCAACAUACAUUUCAUCAACUCGGUGUGAAUACAGAAGAUCAUCCGGUGUUGCUGACAGAGGCAGCUAUGAAUCCAAGUGAAAACAGACGGCGAAUGGUAGAAAUCAUGUUUGAAAGCUUCAAUGUGCCUUUUACAUAUGUUGCAGUACAAGCAGUAUUGGCACUUUAUGGAACUGGAAGAACUACAGGUGUUGUAUUUGAUUCUGGAGAUGGUGUGAGUCACAGUGUUCCUGUGUACGAAGGCUAUAGUAUCCCAUAUGCAACACAGCGUUUUAAUCUGGCUGGUCAGGACAUCACUCAGAAUUUGAAAAAGUUGCUUCAAGAGAGGGGCUUCUCAUUUAGGACAACAGCAGAACAAGAGAUUGUGAGAGAGAUCAAGGAGGCAUGUUGCUAUGUUGCUCAAGAUUAUGAAGCUGAACUUGAGGAAGAUGAAAGAUCUGCUGGUACAGAAAUGUAUUAUACAUUACCUGAUGGACAAAUUAUUAGCAUAAACAAAGAGCGAUUCCGGGCACCAGAGAUACUAUUCAAACCAGAGCUAAUUGGAAGAGAUCAUUAUGGAAUACAUGAAAGUAUCUUUCGCUCAAUUCUUCGUUGUGAUGUGGAUCUCAGGCAAAGUUUUGUUAACAACAUUAUUUUGUCAGGAGGAAACACAUUAUUCCCAGGUUUACCACACCGCCUUCAAGGAGAAAUACAAUCUAUGGUGCCUUCUUGUUUGUCUGACUUUGUCAGGGUAUCCAGUCCCAAAGAUCGUGACUUUGCAGUGUGGAUUGGAGGUGCUGUACUUGCCAACCUACCAUCUUUUCGUUCUGCUUGGAUCAGUCGGGAAGAGUAUGAGGAAAAUGGUGCAAAUAUUGUUUUCAGGAAGUGCUUUUGAUGCAUUUGCUUCAGGUUAAACUUGAACAAUGUAACAUGUUUAAGUGUAAACUUUUUCUAAGCAAUAUGGCCUAUUUUUAAAUUUGUCUGUUAUGUAUUUGUAUGUCCAUGUACACAUUAGCCUUGUACAAGUUUUGUCUAUUCUGUGCUUGAAAAGCACUUAAGUUUUAAAUCCUAGCUUAACUACGACUUUAUACACCUGUGUUUAGCAUAACAUUUUUACAAGGAGUCCAGUUAACCAUUAGACAGUAUCUUUAUGCUUUAUGGUGAUUAAGCAUAAGAACUGUUUUUCUGAUGUACAUCUGUGAAAAAUGUCAUUGGUCUUCCUUAUUUUAGUUCCACAAAAGAAAUAUCAAUGGUCCUGUAAUGAAAUCCUGUCCCGUUUUAUGAGGUUCAUUUAGUGCUGUUCACAAUAUAAGUGUGUGUUUUUUGGUUUCAAAAUAUAAAUGGUAAUUAUAUGAAAGCAUGCUUUAGGGGGACACUUGUUUUCUGUUUUACUUCCCAUUAUAGCACAUUUAAUUUUGAGCUGGUAACUUCCAAUGAUUUUAGACAGAAACCCACAAAGACAGAUUGUACUUGCACAGUAAAAUGUUUGUGAUAUUAGCUCUUUCUCAUUAACUUUGUAUAUGUUCACCUUUUUAUUAGUUUGCACUUGUUCAUUUUAUGGUUGUCUACUAUUAGGCUUGAUUCACUAGUACAGAUUAUUAGUAUUAGAACCUUCUUAUUGUGAUUUGUCAAACAUUUGUCAUAACUUUGAGAUGUUGGUUUAAAAAAAAAAAAAAAAAAGCAUGUUACGAAUUGUAUAAGGAUAUUAUUCUUGGAAAAUGGCCAUUUCAUUGCUAAAUGUAUCUUUAUGGGUAAAACACUUAACAGGUACCUAGCUAUUUAUUUUUGCCAAAUCGUGCUAAGAGUUGAAGUAUAACAUUGAACAUGUUAGAUUGAUAUAAUUGUUUGGUUUUUUUUUUGUUUUGUUUUUUUCUUGUCUUGUAUGUAUUUUUUUUCAGCUCAAUUGUGCCUUAACAGGAGGCAGGACCUCUAUCCUGAUAUUUGUAUAUAUUAUCUUCUGUUUGUCUUAAGAGAUAUAUAUUUUAAUAUUUAAAUUUUAAUAGACCUUAUUGGUCUUUAAU